CUCACGGGAAAAAACUUUUCCUCCAGUCGCUUCAGUGCAGUCUCACAGUGAACCCAUGAGAGACUUCACUGCGUCUCGGAGUUAAAUUCUGUGCGAUCCAGUUCUCAGCAUGUCUAUGGCGGAUCUGCAGUGGUGUCCCACAAACGUCCAGGUAACGGUACUCCAAUCCAGAGGCCUCCGGAUAAAGGGGAAAAACGGCACCAACGAUGCGUACGCUAUCAUGCAAGUGGGCAAGGAGAAGUUCCAGACCUCGGUGAUGGAGAAGAGCGUGGCCCCGGUGUGGAAGGAGGAGGCGGCCUUCGACCUUCCGCCGCCCGGCCGAGGAGGACCGGAGCGCGGCACGCUGCAUGUCCACGUCCUGCACCGGGCUCUGGUGGGGCCGGACAAACUGCUGGGACAGGCGGUCAUCAACCUGCUGGAGCUCAGCGAGGACAAGACCCGCAGCAAGACCGAAUGGUUCAAGUUGCUGGACAAAACUGGCAAGGCAGAUAAAGACAGAGGAGAGGUUCUGGUGGACAUCCAGUUCACGAGGAACAACAUGACGGCCAGCAUGUUCGACAUCUCCGCUGCCGGCAAAUCCAAAUCUCGUCUGGGCAAGUUCAAGGACAAAGUACGCGGCAAGAAAAAGGAAUCUGACGCUGCGUCUAACAUACUGCCGUCCUUCAGUCAAGUCCUGACCGACAGCGAGGAGGAGGGGAACGGUGAGGGGAACGGUGAGGGGACUGCGGGAAAGGACGAUAAAAAGAAGAAACACAAGAUUAAGUCUUUGUUUUCUACCAAGUCCAACCUGCAGAGGAACAUGUCUCAGUCCAUGUCUAUUCUGCCCGCCAAGAACUCCUCGCUGAGCGGCAGCCAGUCGUCUGGGCUGAACGUGGAUUCCUCUGAAGGUAAAAAGAAGUUCAAGUUCAUGAUACACAAGCGCUCAGGCAGCUCAGACAGCAAAGACUCCGGUCAUCAGAAACAAGGUGCUGCAGAACAGAGUAACCUCUGCAUCAAUGGCAGCCAUGUUUACCGUGAAGAGCCGCCCCCCCGGUCCUCUCGCAUCGGAUCAAACUUCAGUCUGACCAGCUCAGGAAACGGCUCCAUGGAGGAUGUCCCCGAAAACUCUCCUCCAUCUGUGGAUUCACUGAGAGCCGUGAGGCAGUAUUCACCAUGGACAGAGGAGGAAGAGGAGGAAGAGGAAGUAGAGGAAGUAGAACACAUGGAACAGGAUGUGGAGGAACAAAGAGAAGAAGAAAGGAUUAAGAUGGAAAAAGAGAGAAGUAGGAAACAAGAGGAAGAACAAAGGGUUAGGAAGCAGGAAGAAGAGAUUGAGAGGUUGGCAGAGGAGAAGAGACUAGAGGAAGAAAAAAGGAGGGAAGAAGAGAGAGUUAGAAAGGAAGAAGAGGAUGGGAUUAGGAGGGAGGAGGAAGAAGAAAGGUCCCAGGAAGAGAGGAGGCGACAAGAGGAAGAGGAGAGGGAAAGAUUAGCGGAGGAAAAGAGGAGACGAGAGGAACAAGAAAGGAUUGAAGAAGAGAAAGUUAGAAAGGAGGAUGAGGAGAGGAUAAGGAUUGAGGAGGAGACGGGACGAGAGGAAGAGGAGAGGGAAAGAUUAGCGGAGGAAAAGAGGAGACGUGAGGAACAAGAAAGGAUUGAAGAAGAGAAAGUUAGAAAGGAGGAGGAGAGGAGACAAGGAGAAGAAAAGGAGAGAGCGAGGAGACAAGAGGAUGAGUUAGCAGAGGAAAAGAGGAGACUGGAAGAAGAAAGACAGAUUGAAGAGGAGGGAUUCAGAAAGGAGGAAGAGAAAAGGAUGAGGAGGGAGCAGGAGAGGGCUGAGGAAGAACAGAGGAGUCAAGAGGAAGAGCAUGAGAAAAAGAGGAGACGUGAGGAACAGGAAGAGAGGCAAAGGGAGGAAGAGGACAGAAUAAGGAUGGAGGAGGAAAGGACUCAGGAAGAGCAUGAGAAAAAGAGGAGACGUGAGGAACAGGAAGAGAGGCAAAGGGAGGACGAGGACAGAAUAAGGAUGGAGGAGGAAAGGACUCAGGAAGAGAAGAGGAGACAAGAGGAGAGCGCAAGGAGAGAAGAACAGUGUCGAUCAGCAGAGAAGAGAAGAGUGGAGGAAGAGAGAAGCAUAAGAGAGGAGAUGAGGAUUAGGAGGGAGGAGGCUGAGGAAGAGAGGAGGCAAAGAGAGACAGAGGAGAUGGUGAGAAGACAACAAGAGGAGCGUGAGGAACAAGAAAGGAGGCAAAGGGAGGAAGAGGAAAGAAUGAAGACAGAAGAGGAGGAAACUACUAGGAGGGAAAAGGAAACACUGAGACAAGAGGAAGAAAGAAGAAGGAUUGAGGCAGAAGAGAAAAAGAAACAGGAGGAAAGGAUAAGAAUGGAGGAAGAGAUGAGGAGGAGGAAGAAAGAGGAAGAGCGCAAGCAGUUGGCAGAGGAAAAGAGGAAACUAGAAGAACAAGAAAUGUGGAGGAUUGAGGAGGAAGAAAAGUUUAGGAAAGAGGAAGAGAGGAGACAAGUAGAGAGAUCUAAGAAGGAAAAGGAAGAAAGACUGUUAGAGGAGGAAAUGAGACGAGAGACUAAACGGAUUGAGGAAGAGGAGAAAGUUAAAAGAGAGGAGGAGGAGAGGAUUAGGAGGGAGGAGAAAGAGAGAGGAGAAGAGGCCAGGAAGCUAGAGGAAGAGAAGGCAACUCUGAAAGCAGAACAACAAAAGAAGAAGGAUGCAUCUGAAAACAAACCCAAAGCGGCUGUGGAGAUCCCUGCAGAAGUGUCUUCCAAUCCGUUUGAUGAGAAAUGUGCAACUAAUCCCUUUGAAGAGGACCCAGACUCACCGGCUGGAGCAGACGGCAGCGCAGACAAGAUGUCUGCCAUCCAGCAGAGGGUUCAAUCUGCUGCACCAUUGGUGGGAAGCAAGUCUAUUUCUACAGAUGAAAAGGAUCCUAUUAGUGCUCAGCGGGAGAAGCGGCUGGCUCCUCAGCCUCCAGGAAGGAAUCAAGACGAGAGUCAGAAGGAUGGCUCUGCGCAACAACUACCACAUAUUACCAAGAAGAGUUCAGACAAAGACAUCAAAACCAUCAGUGUUCUCCCUCAGCGCUCGGUGCAAAUGAUUGCUCCUAUUAGUAGGCCUUCCACAGACGCAAAGAACACCCAGAGCUUGACACAAAGUAGUGCCCCCAAAGAAACAUCAAAUGAAGCCAAACACAGUAAACGUCCUGCGCCGCUUAAACCUCUUUCUGUGGAAGAAGAGCCAUCAUCUAAACCCAAGAUAACCCUGUCUUCCGAUGGCAGCAUUUCCCAUACAUGUCUCUCUGUGGCAAAACAAGUCCCAAUCGCUUAUGGCUUGAAUCCAUUUGAAGACGACGAAGAGGAUAUUGCACCAGAAGAUGAAGCAGCGCCCUCUAGUGAAACUGGAUCGGGACAAAGGCCUUCAGUAGCAUCACAAGCUGCUGAUAAAGAUGACGCCUCUCAAACUAAAAUCAAACCCUCAAAAGCUCGCGCUCCUCUACCUUCUGCAAGGAAAGCUGCCACAAUGAGCACUUUAAUAAACCAAAACGAAGAAGGUGAACAUGUUACAGGUGCGACUGAUAAUGUGACCCAUGCAUCUGACCCCAAAUCAGAAGCAAAAAAAAGCCUCCACGUCCAGGAGGCUCCCCUUCGAGAGUCUCAGCCUGCCACAGUGCAGAGUGCUGGGGAGGAGGCAGGCGGGAAGAAAGGCGGAGCUCCUGUUCCUUUGCGCAGGCUUCAACCUGUGAAACCCCUUAAUCCUCUGGAACAGCAGUCGGUUUCAGUCGUUCAAGAGGAAAGAGAUACCAAAUCCUCAAGAAUCACAUGUGAGGAUCAGGAGAAAACAAAGGUCGAUGCCCCCAGACUGAAAGGGCCCUAUUCCCAGCUUACUCAGGAGGAAACUCAUCUCUCUGGUGCUCAAACAGGAAAACAAGCUUGCAGAUGGAGACAAAAAGAUAUCAGAGCUGGAGCUGUACAUCGACAACUUGCUGGUGCGCAUCAUAGAGGAGAAGCCGAGUAUUCUCAUGUCCUUGAACUCUGCGAAGAAAGCUGCCUAGGAUUUACAUCUGGCACUUUAUUCCAACUGUAGCCUUCUCUGUUCAGACCCAGUAAUCUAGCCGUACCACCAAAGCAACUUAGAUGUUCUUGUGGAAGGACAUCUUGCAGAAGCUGUUCCAGUUUUAUCUAAGAACUUUUCAAAGAUAUUUUUGACAUUUUUCUAAAUAUUUAGUCACCUUUUUGACACUUUGCUACAGUAUGCGUUUGACGAAUGAAUGAAUAUCUGUCAUGAAUGUUUUCAUGUUGAGCAUUAAAGUCUUUGAUGAAUGUCAAAUUAUGUCAAACGUAAUUACUGUAUUUCACUGUAAAAAAUAAAUAAAUAAAGUUUAAAAACAGCUUUCAGGUAUCUCCGGUAUGAAGAAGAGCCUUAUUUCACUGUCCGAUCUAUGCACUAGUUAUGUAGAUAAUGUUUUCUCAGUGUCAAUGUUUAUGUUUCUACUAACACUAAAAGGCACUUUACCCUGCUUGUACUAUUAACAUGAUGUACACUGAAUUGCUUUACUGAUUUAUGGUAUCAACCUAUGCAGAAUGAAAUAAAUGGUUUUCUUUUUCUGAUAAACAAA